AGGGCGGACGGGGCGGGCCUCCCUGGUGGCGCGGAGCCGGAGAAGCCCGGGAGGGGGCGGCAGGCGCAGCUCGCGGGCCGGACACCUGAACUUGGGACAAGUUGCUGGAGCCGCGGGGCGCGGGCGGCGGACGGAUUGACCUUCAGAGCUAGGGAGCCAGCGCCAGCAGCCGCCAUGGCAUCGCGCAUCGGGCUGCGCAUGCAGCUCAUGCGGGAGCAGGCGCAGCAGGAGGAGCAGCGGGAGCGCAUGCAGCAGCAGGCCGUCAUGCAUUACAUGCAGCAGCAGCAGCAGCAGCAGCAGCAGCAGCAGCAGCUGGGGGGGCCGCCGACCCCGGCCAUCAACACCCCCGUCCACUUCCAAUCUCCGCCGCCUGUGCCCGGGGAGGUGCUGAAGGUGCAGUCCUACCUGGAGAACCCCACCUCCUACCACCUGCAGCAGUCCCGGGACCAGAAGGUGCGGGAGUACCUGUCCGAGACCUAUGGGAACAAGUUCGCAGCGCACAUCAGCCCUGCCCAGGGCUCCCCGAAGCCCCUGCCCGCGGCCUCCCCGGGGGUGCGGCCGGGACACGUGCUGUCCUCCUCGGCCGGCAACAGUGCCCCCAACAGCCCCAUGGCCAUGCUGCACAUCGGCUCCAACCCCGAGAGGGAGUUUGAUGUCAUCGACAACAUUAUGUGUCUGGACAACGUCCUGGGGUUCAUCAAUCCCGAAACUCAGAUGCCCAACACGCUGCCCCUGUCCAGCAGCCACCUGAAUGUGUACAGUGGCGACCCCCAGGUCACAGCCUCCCUGGUGGGCGUUACCAGCAGCUCCUGCCCCGCGGAACUGACCCAGAAGCGAGAGCUUACAGAUGCUGAGAGCCGGGCCCUGGCCAAGGAGCGGCAGAAGAAAGACAAUCACAACCUGAUUGAAAGGAGACGGAGGUUCAACAUCAACGACCGGAUCAAGGAGCUGGGAAUGCUGAUCCCCAAGGCCAACGACCUGGACGUGCGCUGGAACAAGGGCACCAUCCUCAAGGCCUCUGUGGAUUACAUCCGGAGGAUGCAGAAGGACCUGCAGAAGUCCCGGGAGCUUGAGAACCACUCGCGGCGCCUGGAGAUGACCAACAAGCAGCUCUGGCUCCGCAUCCAGGAGCUGGAGAUGCAGGCUCGAGUGCACGGCCUCCCCACCACCUCCCCGUCGGGCAUGAACAUGGCCGAGCUGGCCCAGCAGGUGGUGAAGCAGGAGCUGCCCAGUGAGGAGGGCCCGGGGGAGGCCCUGCUGCUGGGGGCCGAAGUCCCUGACCCUGAGCCACUGCCAGCUCUGCCCCCCCAGGCCCCGCUGCCCCCGCCAGCCCAGCCACCCCAGCCACCAUCCUCAUUCCACCACCUGGACUUCAGCCACAGCCUGAGCUUUGGGGACGGGGGCGAUGAAGGGCCCCCAGGCUACCCCGAACCUCUGGGGCCAGAGCAUGGCUCCCUGUUCCCCAACCUGUCCAAGAAGGAUCUGGACCUCAUGCUUCUGGACGACUCACUGCUACCACUGGCCUCCGACCCCCUUUUCUCCACCAUGUCCCCUGAGGCCUCCAAGGCCAGCAGCCGCCGGAGCAGCUUCAGCAUGGAGGAGGGCGAUGUGCUGUGACCCUGGCUGUCCCCAUGUCGGGGAACAGGGGCAGGCCUGGGGGCUGGCAGGGCCAGGGCCACCUCCCUCCCACCCUUCAGGCUGCACUUGUGUGUGAAGUAGCCACCUGCCCUGCCUGACUCCUCCCCAUCGGCCCCCUGUUUGGACUUAGUGCCCGCUUGGCAGCCUGUGGGGUCAGGAGAAGCCCCCCACCCGGCUCAGUACUCCCCAGGGGCAGCCCUCUUGAUGGGGCUGGGUAGGAACAGGCCUUCAGCCUGGCUCCCAGAGGUGAAAUCAGGUGGAGAAGGGAGGGGACAGGGUGCGCUAGAGGUAAAAGAGGUCCUGGGAGGGUCCUAUCUUCUGAGCCUGAUCCCCCCACCAAUGAAGGAGGACAUGUUGAAGCAGGGGGUUCAGGAAGUUCCGUCUCAGAGGCAGCGACUGGUACCGGGGGUGCCCAGGCCUGCCUUCCUGGGACUCAGAUGGCAGCAAGCCCAUCCUCCGGCUGGCACUCCCCCUCACACAGGUGGGGCUCUCCCACCCCCCUUUGGUGCUAACAGCUCUCCACCAGGAGGUGUGAGGGUGGGGGGUGGCCGGAAGAGGGGGCGCUGGGUUCAGGUUAGAGUGUGGGGUGACUGCUGGGAGAGCAGCUCCCCUCCAGGCUCCCCAUGUUGUGCCUUUAGUAAACACUGUGCUUUGUA